AUGGAGCAAAAAAAUCCUGGAACUGUUACUCAUUUGCAGAUGGACAAUGAAGGUAGGUUCAAAUAUUGCUUCGUGGCCUUAGAUGUUUCUAUAAUGGGGUUCAAAACAUAUAUUCACCCAGUUAUAUGUGUAGAUGGAACCUUCUUGACUACUCGGUGUGGGGGUACUUUGUUAUGUGCCAUGGGACAAGAUGCUAACAAGAAAAUAUAUCCAAUUGCAUUUUCAGUAGUUGACUCAGAGAAUAAUGACUCAUGGUUGUAUUUUCUACUGAGGUUGAAGGAAGCGAUUGGUGAAGUGGAGAAUCUAGUAUUCGUGUCUGAUAGACAUACUAGUAUAGCAAGUGCCUUGACUAAAAAAUUUCCUGAGGCACACCACAGUGCUUGUAUACAUAAUGUUAGCAUGAAUAUCCGUGCGAAGUUCAAAACUGACCAUUGCCAUGAAGAAUUCUUCCUUGCAGCGAAAGCUUAUAGAAAGCGAGAGUUUUUACGCCAUUUUGAGAAGAUUAAAUUCAAAGAUCUUGCAAUUGCUCAAUACUUAGAGAAUCAAGUGGGUUUUGAAAAGUGGGCUCAUUCUUUCUUUCCUGGUCAUCGAUAUAAUUUAAUGACUACAGGUAUUGUCGAAAGCUGGAACAAUGUCAUUGCUGAGGCACGUGGGUGGCCAAUUACCUGUUUCAUGGAAUUUAUGAGGCACACUUUACAAAAAUGGUUUUUUGAGCGUCGAACUGCAGCAUCAGCGGCUACAGGUCCUCUUGCCACAGAAAUGGAAGAUGAUUUGCGAAAGUUAGCAGACAAGUCCACUACCUCAUUCCCUUUUCCAUCUAGUCAGUAUGAAAUAACAGUAUUGGACGGUGAUCUGGAUGGAGAUGUCGACCUGAGGAGGAAAAAAUGUAGUUGUAGAAGAUUUGAUUUGACAGGUCUUCCUUGUGAACACGCUCUAGCUGGUGCUCGAGAUCGUGGCAUUAGUCCAUAUACUUUAUGCUCUAGAUUCUACACAGUUGAAGCGUGGUUGUCAUCCUAUGGUGGAUCUGUAUAUACGCUGGGUAAUGAAGAAUCUUGGGUGAUACUAAAUGACAUAGGAAGUAUGAUGAUAACUCCUCCUUUAGUGAAGCAGAAGGCUGGUCGUCCAAAGAAGAAACGAUGUUUAUCAAAGGGUGAGAAGAAUAGCAAACAACGUAGAUGUAGUAGAUGUGGUGUCCUGGGCCACAAUCGAGUGACGUGCACCACUGUUUGUCCCUCGCCGUCUAGACAUGCUUAG